UAGGUCACGUGGAAGGAAAGAGAAGUCGAGGAAGAUUGCCAACCAGGUGGACGGACAUUGUCAAGGAGUCCACAAACACCAGCGUCCCGGGCGCCAUUAAGCAAGCCGAAUGCAUGCAACAUUGGAGGAAGCUGGUGCAAAAACUAGACCAAGGUGGUCACGACCCUCAGUAAUGAGGAAGCGACGAAGAAGAAGAAUUACCGAUGGGACUUCACCUCUUACACGGAAGAUUCAUUUAAAUACAUCCGCACCGCAACUAUCCACUACAUUCGGUCUUGAGGAGCGAAACUUGAUACAACUCAAAAUGAAUUCAAAUCUGUUUUAUAUCUUCGCUACAACUCUGGUGUGUGUUAACGCAGAAGUUUACGGACCUUCUGAUUACGCAGAAGAUUACUCGAUCAGCGGGCAAUCCUCAAGGCGACACCCCCGUGACGUCACUUGGGACAAACAAAUGGGGGGAGGCAAGGUCUUUGGCACUUUGGGACAAAACGAUGAUGGCCUCUUUGGAAAAGCUGGUUACAACAAAGAGAUCUUUAAUGACGACCGCGGCAAACUAACCGGUCAGGCUUACGGUACCAGGGUUUUAGGACCUGGAGGCGACAGCACCAACUACGGCGGACGCCUAGACUGGGCGAACAAGAAUGCACAAGCCACUAUUGACCUAAAUAGACAAAUCGGUGGCAGAUCUGGGAUGACAGCAUCAGGCUCCGGUGUGUGGGAUCUGGAUAAGAACACCCACUUUUCUGCCGGUGGUAUGGUCUCGAAGGAGUUCGGUCACAAAAGACCAGACGUCGGUCUUCAAGCAGAGAUCCGCCAUGAUUGGUGAUCACCUCAACACUUAAACAAUAAUCUUUUGCCAAAUAAAUUAGUUUUUUUUUAUUAUUCAAUAUAGGUUAUUAUUGAUUGUUUUAUCUAAAAUCGAAAUUUACGAAGUAUGUCUAACUGUAAGUUUGUUUCAUAAUGUAAUUAGAUAAAUAGGAUCUCGUGCUUUGUUAUGACGGUUAGAAAUACAAUUUAAUAAAAAAAUUACGUUUCCUAAA